CAUCCUAUUUAAUUACAUAGGCCUGUCUCUGCCUUCCCCACACCUCCCCAAUAAUCUUCCCAUCCAGGCUCCAGCCAAGAAACAGACACAAAAUCCUCAGUAGAAGGAAAAAAAUAUGGCUCCAUGCACAUGUUCCUCUUCCCUCCUGCUAAUGGCAGCAGCAGCAAUCUCCCAGCUCCUCUUGUUAAUUCCCACCAGAUGCAGUGCCAAGGUUCCCGCGGUCAUAGUCUUUGGGGACUCGUCGGUUGAUGCCGGGAACAACAACGUGAUCUCCACCGUCCUCAAGAGCAACUUCGAGCCUUAUGGCCGGGACUUCUUUGAUGCCCGGCCGACGGGCCGGUUCUCGAACGGGCGGAUCCCUCCAGACUUCAUCUCUGAGGCGUUCGGGCUCAGGCCUUUCGUGCCGGCCUACCUGGACCCUAUGUACAACAUCUCCGACUUUGCCAUCGGGGUUUGCUUCGCCUCCGCCGGAACCGGCUAUGACAAUGAGACCUCCAAUGUGCUUAAUGUGAUUCCGAUGUGGAAAGAGCUCGAGUACUACACGGAGUACCAGCAGAAACUGAGGUCUUACCUGGGGGGUAAGAAGGCCUAUAAGAUCAUCUCCGAGGCCCUCUACAUCGUCAGCCUCGGGACAAAUGACUUCCUCGAGAACUACUACUCCUCUUUCCCCAUCCCUGGCACCAACGGGGGCGGCCGUCGGGCCCAGUUCCCCGUGGUGGGGCAGUUCGAGGACUUUCUCAUGCUGCUUGCCGAGGGCUUCAUCAGGGAGCUGCACAGACUCGGGGCUCGUAAGAUCUCCUUUACUGGGAUCCCGCCAAUGGGGUGCUUGCCCCUCGAGCGGACCACCAACUUCAUGGGCCAGCACGAGUGCAUGGAGGAGUAUAACGCCGUGGCCAAGGACUUCAAUGGGAAGCUUGGGGCCAUGGUGGAUCGGAUGAACCGGGAGCUACCGAGGCUAAGGAUGGUCUUCUCCAACCCGUACGACAAAUUUUACGAGAUCAUCAAUAAGCCUUCCGCUUUUGGAUUUGACGUUGUUAGCGUUGCAUGCUGUGCCACCGGGCUGUACGAGAUGAGCUACCUUUGCAACAGGCAAAGUCCGUUUACGUGCACGGACGCCAGCAAAUAUGUGUUCUGGGAUUCCUUCCACCCCACCGAGAAAACGAGCCAGAUACUCGCCGAAUAUCUGAUCAAGAGCCUCCUCCUACCGACCUUUUCUUAAUUAACCCGUUAAAGGAAAAGGCAUUUCGCUUAUCGAUUUUGGACAGAAACUUAGGAUGUAGUUCGUGAUUGAUCGAGCUACCUAGCAUGGAGAUGAAUCUGUAGCCAUAAAAAAUGUCAAUUUUCUUUCUUUCUUGUUUCUUCGUCGAUAAUUUGCACAAUCUCUCGACUUUUGUUGGAUGGCUUGUAUGUAUUACGAUUUAUUGAGGUCAGUGCUGGAGUUACAAUUUAAUUACAUUUA